AUGAAAUUACUGUGCCUACUCAUUUUCUCGUUAUUUUUCUUCGAAAUAAUUUGUCCACCGCCUAUACGUUUUAUACAAACUACAACCAAAACACCAGUUACAAAAGAUCGAUCUGAUUACAAAUUGAAAUCUAUUGGUUUUGAAAGACGUGAUUCGAAUAUUGCGAAUGCUUUAUGGUUCGAUUUGCAAGUUUUAUUGGCUACGAUUCCUUUUGAGCAAUUAGAAAAAGAAGUUCAAAGAUUAAGAGAGGUCGGGUUACUGUAUUUUUUUUUUGAAAAUCCUGUAACUUCUUUUUUUCAGAAAAUUCGACAAGUUGCUGUAGAACAAUAUAAAAUGAAACCAGUAUAA